GGUGUCUGAAGUGUCAGUCCGAAUCGAUUUCACUGGCAGUCUGUUGUGAGAACAACAGACGCGCUGUGCAUUUUGAGCAUCAUGCCUUGUCGUCCUCGAGAACCGAUGCAAACGUUGACUAAAGCACUCCAUAUCGUAGAAAUUAAUCUAGCCGCUCACGUUGUUCUCUCGAGGAAGUUUUGACACAGAAAAUGGGUUUCCCUUCGCAAUGGGUGCCGUUUCGAUCAUUCGGAAACCGAGGUCCGAAGGUUCCGAAGGCCGAGCGCGAUGUCCUUAUCGCUCGAAAGCCGCAAUUGGGGUGUAACGCGAGCGGGCAAGUGGCUGUCCUGGCUGUCCGCUGCCAGCGUCGUUUACGCCUUCGAACAGGAGGUUGGCGUCUCAAGGAAGGCACAAUUUUCUCGCUGCGUGCGACACGAGGAAAACCUUGAGGGAACAUUGGUUACACAACGGCAGCCUUGAGCAGGGCACGUGGCCAGUCACCCGUCCGCCUUCUCGACGCACGGCUUGUGCGGGAAACUUGUCGACUCCGGUAACUUGUACCGAGCGUUUGACGCUCCUCACCCCAAGCCGCGAGACGAUUACAACUUGCGCCUUCGGAGGAGGUCGUCGUGCGCACUACGAGCUCGUCCGUUGUUUAGUGCGCAAUGAGUCUGCGGGGCUGGUCAGCAGCCGCUCGGAGGACUGGACUCACUUCGGAUGGGAGGAGUACAGCCAUGGCGAACAUAAACGGGGACGUGGAAGCCACGGUGCGGGCGCCCUCGCCCCAGCCACCUAUGCCCUGGUUCGGGAUGGACAUUGGUGGCACCCUGGUGAAGCUGGUGUACUUCGAGCCGGCGGUUGAGGAUGACGCGGCUGCCACGGAGGCUCUGGAGAAGAUCAAGCACUACCUGAAGAAGAAUGCAGCAUACGGCCAGACAGGCAAACGGGACGUGCACCUCCAGAUGGACAGUGUGGUGGUAGGGGGCAUCGAGGGCACGCUGCACUUCAUCCGCUUCCCAACGAGCGAGAUGCCACGCUUCCUCGAGCUGGCCAAGGCCAAGGGCAUUGCCAGCCUGGCCUCGACAGUGUGUGCCACGGGCGGCGGGGCCCACAAGUUUGAGCGCGACUUCCGCUCCCAGGUGGGACUGGGCCUGCACAAGUUUGACGAGAUGGACUCGCUCAUCCGGGGCAUCCACUACAUGGAGGCACACAACAGCCGUGAGUGCUACUAUUACAGCAGCCCCAUGGAGCGCUGCGUCAAGAUGCCGUACGACUUCAGCAGCCCAUACCCUUAUCUGGUGGUGAACAUUGGCUCGGGCGUGAGCAUCCUGGCAGUGCACUCGCCCACUCAGUACCACCGGGUCACGGGCACCAGCCUGGGGGGUGGCACCUUCCUGGGCCUCUGCUGCCUACUCACGGGCUGCGAGACUUUCGAGGAGGCCAUUGACCUGGCUCAGCGGGGGGACAGCACGCACGUGGACAAGCUGGUGCGCGACAUCUACGGCGGAGACUACCCCCGCUUCGACCUACGGGCCGACACGGUGGCCAGUAGCUUUGGGAAUAUGAACUGUCGGACGCGCCGGGAGGCGGCGACGCGCGAGGACCUGGCCCGCGCCACCCUGGUGACCAUCACCAACAACAUCGGCUCCAUCGCCCGCAUGUGUGCCAUCAACGAGGGCAUCUCGCGGGUGGUCUUUGUGGGCAACUUCCUCCGGGUGAACCCCAUCUCGAUGCGCAUGCUUGCUUACGCCAUGCAGUUCUGGUCCAAGGGGACGCUCAAGGCACUCUUCCUCGAGCAUGAGGGCUACUUUGGUGCUGUCGGCUGCCUGCUCGAGCUCAUGCGGUCCUGCAGCUAGCCCACUGCCGGCCUCACGCAUUCCCUGACACACCCGGUCCACCCUCUUGCCUGGGACCGGUGGCCGGCAUGAGCCCCCACGCACUCAUCCCCGCUGCCACGGCCUCCUGCUGGAGCCCACAUUUGUCCUCGUCGGGGCAACUCCCUCUGUCUACAUUGCAGAGCCAGUCCUGCAAGGAUCGGCAGCGCGGGAGCAUUUUUCACUAUGGCAUUUCUUUUAGGAAUGACGACGCGGGCUCAUUGAAACCUGGGCAGGGAUUUCUUUAAACUCUGGGGAUAUGUAGCACUGUAGGGCACGCUCCACGUGCGGCCCCAAACUUGUGCAAGUAGGAAGUGGCUGCUGUGAUGGGGGAAAUCACGAACUGGUUGGUGCAUGCAAGCGCCCAAUGGCCUUGCAAGACCACCGGUGAAAUUUCUCUUGUUUUGUCAUAGGGAACAUUUUUUCCUGCAAAGGAACUUUCGAACCACAUGCAGCGACUCUACUUUUAUAUACAGUGUCUUUGCUGUGAGUGCGAAGGUAUGUAUGUGUACCCAAUUGGUACCAAGUUUUGUUUGCCCAUAGUCUCAUUCAUUUGGUACCUAAUGAUGUUCAGAUAUUGUUUGCAACAUCAUGCUCAUUUACUGCUUUAUCUAAAUGUAUUAUCUCACUUUUCCAGCAACAUUGCAGCUACCAUCUUCUCAUAUCAGGUUCAAAUUGAAGUAGAACAAAAAUUAUCGUCUGCAGGAGCCAUACUUUCAUUCUGGGAAAAACAAAAGCAUUAUACGCCUGAUGCUAUUCUGAAACUUUGCGAUACGAUUAGUGCAUAUGUGCUUCUCUUUUUAUAAGCAUUAAAAGUUUUGUGAGCAGUGCCA